GGGAGACGGUUCACCGUAGGUUCAGCAAACACAAAGUGCUCUUUCUCUCUCUACACCCACUUUCUCUCUACUCGGGUGACAGAAGUUACUGGUCAAGAUUGCUACUUUUGGUGCAAGUUUCUCAGACUGAGGUACCAAUCAUUUUCAUAGUUCCAUACUAUUCGAUUUCUACCAUUUAAUAAGCCAUAUAGUCUGUAUUCGUAUUUUGGGUAUUCUUAAUCUUCAUCAUCAGUUGGUUUAAUUGCUUGAAUUUGAGCUCCAAGGCAUGUUCUUAUAUAGACGGCAAUGGUGGAGCACCUUUUGUUUUACCGACCCCAAAGAGUUGGGAUAGUUCUUGUUGGGUUUGAUUACUUUACAAAUUCUGUUCGUGUUUCAUGGGUAUGUGCUUAUUAUCAAGAAAUUGGCCAUUUAGUUUGAUUUAUUUGAGUUUAUUCGAAUUGGGUUUAGUCCGAAAUCAAAUCAUUCCCAAAGAAAGAUGGGUUUAUAGAAUGUAUCGUAGUGCUUCUUCAGCAUUGUCAUUGGAUGAUCAAAUGUUUGAUUCUAGUUCAUGUGUCCAAAUUGGUGUAGCAAAUGAGAAUAUUGUUCAAAGUAAUAGGCCAUAUGUCGGUGAAAUUUACUGGGAAAAGAGAAAAAAUAUGCCAUAUAUCCGUAAAGAGCACAAGUUAUAUCCUUUUGUGGUUAAGGUAUUAAAAACGUUGGAAUGGAAUGCUGCAAGAGAAAUUUGGUUCGGGAGGGCCGUAAUUGAAUUUGGAUUUCCUCAUUCAACCACUGCAUUUAGAAUCAUUAUACAUAUUUUCGCACUGGCAGGGAUGCAUUCGGAAGUAUAUUCUUUGCUUAGAGAUAUUGUUUCCUGCUACAAAAGAUUUAAUUUAGAUUUGUUUGAGCUGUUCCCGACUUUAUUAGAUUCACCUGAUAAUGCAACAAGAUCGGUUGUCGUAUUUGAUGUGCUAAUGAAGGUUUUUGCAGCAAAUAAAAUGCUAGAAAAUGCAGUCGAUGUGUUUGUACAGGCUAAGAACACUGGGCUCAAACCAAAUAUCAUGUCAUGCAAUUUCUUGCUUAAAUGUUUGAUGGAAGCAAACAGGGGGGAAUAUCUGUUAAGUUUAUAUGAGGAAAUGAAGAACUCUGGUCCAUUGCCUAAUGUUCGCACCUACACCAUUAUGAUGAACUUUUACUGUAAAGGACCUAGUGGGGAAGAUGUAGAUAUUCAACGGGCCACUGAUAUUCUGGAAGAAAUGGAGAGAAGUGGGGAAAGUCCAACUGUUGUAACAUACAGUACAUAUAUUCAUGGACUUUGUAGGAUUGGAUGUGUUGAGAUCGCAUUAGACUUUAUCCGGAAAUUGAGACAUAAUAAGCAGUCUCUCAACAGUUACUGUUACAAUGCCAUUAUUCAUGGGUUUUGCAUAAAAGGUGAACUAGAUGAAGCUUUGAGGGUUUUUGAAGAAAUGAAGGGCUGUGGAAUUACGCCAGAUGUAUAUAGCUAUAGCAUCUUGAUUGAAGGGUUCUGUGAAAACCAAAAUCUUGAGAAAGGUCUUAAUUUAAUUGAGGAAAUGGAAGCCAGUAACAUAAAACCGUCCCUUGUUACCUAUACCUCACUCAUAAAAGGUUUCUGUAAGAGUGGUCUGAUGGAAAUCUCACUGGACAUGUUUCAUAAUCUUGGGACUUCUGGUUAUAAAUAUGACCAGGCUGCUUACGGCAUAUUAAUAAAUGGUUUUUGCAUGCAGGGUGAAAUGGAUUCUGCCAAUAAACUUUUGGAGGAGAAGAUCAGCAAUAAUUUGGCUCCUGAUGCUUCAAAUUUUGGUAGUCUGAUUCAUGGUUACUGCAAGAUGGGCUCCUUAGAAAAAGCCUUGGAAAUUUUCAGAACCAUGGUUGAAGGAGGUAUUUUGCCCAAUACUUUCACUUGCAACUUUAUUGUUCAUGGUUGGUGUAGGGAAGGGCGCGUGGAAGAAGCAUUGCAAUUUAUGGAUGAAAUGAGGGAGCAAGGCAUUUGUCCCAACGAAUUUACUUAUGGUGCAGUUGUUAACAGGCUCUGCAAAGAAGGAAGGUCAGAAAGAGCAUGGGAAAUUAUCCCAUUAAUGCUUAAGACUAAUGUUUUUCCUGGCAUCGUAAUUCAUAGUACCCUUAUAGAUGGUUUUGCUAGACAGUCAUAUUCAAAGAAGGCCUUGAUGUUAUAUGCAAGAAUGUUAAGAGCGGGGGUUACUCCCGACACAGUUUCAUAUACAAUUCUCAUUAAUCUACUUUGCACCAGGAGUAAAAUGUAUGAAGCCUAUAAUUUAUUCAAGGAAAUGACUGAAAAGGGCUUAGAUCCAGACAAGAUUUCUUACACAUCAAUUAUAGCUGGGUUUUGUAGAAUAAAAGAGAUGAAGAAGGCUCAGGAAUUGUUCAAUGAAAUGCCGCGGAGAGGCCAUUUUCCCAGUGUUGUUACUUAUACUUGUUUAAUUGAUGGAUAUUGCAAAGUUGGGCGGAUGGACAUUGCCAACGGGCUGGUAGAUGAGAUGAGAAUCAAGAAAAUAUCUCCUGAUGUUGUCACUUAUAAUGUUCUCAUUGUUGCAUAUCUGAGACUUGGAGAACCGGAUAGAGCUCAUGAGGUAUUUAAAGAAAUGAGGGAAGAGGGGAUUUUUCCAGAUAGAAUUACCACUUUAGUGCUAGGGAUGGACGCUGGUUUGGUUGAGGCAAGGAAGCAGAGGAAAUGAUUCAGCAAAGACCAGAUGUUUCAAGGAUCUUUAUUACACAGAAUGGAGCUGAGAUGGUCACCUUGUGUAGCGGAUCAGUAUAUCCAUUUUUUCUCAGUUCGGAAAUGAACAAUGGCUCAGAGAUCUGGAUAGCGAUUAUUUCGAUAAAGCUAUAUUGCCAGAUAAUUUGAAUUCUGCCAACUUUGGUUGCCUGCGGAUUGGAUGGCUUCAGGAAGUGCGCAAAUGCCACCUUGGUUUUCGGAAAGUGCAUCAGAAAGGUCAAAUAAAGAUGCUGGAAAAAUACAGACUGCCUCGAAGUUGAAUGCAGGGUAGUAGCGCCGAAACUAAUUAACCAGUUGUGGUUUCAAGCAUCAGCCGUAGCCUACAACAACUUGAGGUUCAUUUCAAGUAGCCUAGGUGGGAAGUCUGGUACAAUUUUGUACCCAAAAAUCGACUACCUUGGAUAUCCUAUCUGGUUUACUUCCACAAAGAUUUCCGAUGAUUGCAGCAUGUGGGGUUCAAUUUGGUUGGAUCAACUGAGUAAGGAGCUGGAUAUUAAUCUGUGGAACUUUCAGACACUUUCUAUUCUGCAGGCUAUGUAUGACUUGCCAAAUACGGGCAUCAGGCUGUGGUCUAAGGUAGUGUCUUCCCCAGUAUAUUACUUCAGGCCAAAGAUCUUUUUCUCUUCUUUUUCCUUUCCAAAGAAUACCUACUUUGUGGAGGCAUGGCUGACCCUUCCCAUUAAAAUAACAAAUUUGGCAUUGUUGGUACAAAGGUUUUUGUUGAUUUAAGCUUUUCGGAACAGUUUUGUGUAAGCAUAUUUUGCAGGUUGUUAGAAACUUAAGAAUUUUAGUGGGUAAGCAACUCAACCUCGCAUGGGAUAUAUAUAUAUAUAUAUAUAAAGGAAUUAACAACUUGGGCUAAUGUGAGGGAAUAAAUAUAUAUAUGAAUUAACAAUUUGGGCUAAUGUUGAGGGAAAAUAUAUAAAUAUAUCAACAUUUGCCCAAGUUGUUAAUUCCUUUUUCUUUUUCUUUUUUUUUUUUUUUUUUUUGACCUUUUCACAAUAGGUGAAAAGCUCAAUUGAACUUUAAUGUGUCAUCAAAUACUAUCUUAAACUUUAUUUUUACCACCAACCUAGUCUUGUAUCCAGUUGUAA